AUGUCGCAAGAUACUUCAAGUUCCCUGUUCUCUGUGAUCACUUCGCAUUUCUCUGAUAGUGCCCUCUCUGGUGUUCCGCGCGAAAUUCAACUUGGGACUUUGGACUCUGAGUUGGAAACUAUUGAAAAGGCUCUAUAUCGCGCGCGUCGGAUGCGCAAUGAGAAAGUAGGAGCUUGUAUGCUGCCGCGCGAGGUCAUCGUGCGCAUUAUUGAGGACCUUCAAUCCAUCUGGCGUCCGCGGCGGGUUUACAUCGAUGGAAACCAAACGGACACCUUCAAAGCUGGUUGGAUGUCUGUCAGCCACGUUUGCACUUUAUGGAGGGAGAUCGUGCUCAGCGAGCCCCUGCUAUGGUCCAAACCAACGAUCGAUGUUCUUGAUUUCCCCUAUCGAUACAUUCCGGACAUCCUCAUUCGAUCUCACUCUGCUCCGCUUGAUCUCAAUAUCGAGUACGCAGACGAUGAUCCUCGAACGCAUUCUAUCUUGAGUGUUUGGCUUUUGCCUGCAAUGCUCCGGCGUGCGAGGCGUUUAAGGAUCGACUGUGAGGCCUCGGAGCUGAUCGAGCGCAUAUCGACGCAUAUGUCCCGGAGCUCGGACUUCAUAUACUUGAAGGAGCUGCACGUGGCAUCGGACUAUCUUGACGAACCCAUCCCUUUGCCUGCGCCGUUCUGGAGCCUUCCGCACGUGACAAGCCUGAGCUUGCACAACUUUCAAGUACCAUGGACGUCCCCGAUCAUGUCCUCCAGAUUGACCAAAUUACAUUUGUCCCGCGAUUUCGUUGGGGAUCGUCUCUCAUACGACGAGUUCAGAAUUGUUUUGAGCUCCUUACGAUUCCUGGAGGAUCUCCAUCUGGCAGAUGUCAUGCCUCACCUCGGUCCUAUUGGCGCCUGGCACCCUACGAAAAUCCUGUUACCGAAUCUACGACAGCUAUCUACCAUAUUCACAGAUCAUGCGGAAGGAUCAAGACUUAUCUUGCUGCUUGACCUCCCUUCUCGAUGUGUUCGCGAGCAUAUGUUCCGUUUCUGGUCUGAAGUUGAAGACAUAUCGAGCAAGACCGAUGCGCUGGGACGUCUACUACCCGCCAUGGCACUCGCUGGCCAUGAUGAUAUUGAACUACGACAUCUUCACGUCGACUAUUAUAGGAUGCUGUUGCUUACAACCGUGAUCUCUUCUCACUAUAUGUCAUCAUCCAGCCAACCUUCCUCUCUUAGCAAGGACAUCACCAAUACCCUGCACCUGGGAUCUCUUCUGUUGCAUGACAAAGAGAAGCCGGGCAAUCAUGCCUCCAGCUAUAUUCCAUACGUCCCCCUCAAACACCUCGAGACCAUCUCGCUUGACGUAUCCUCAGUUCGUCACAUAAACGAAGAGAACCUAUGGCCACACCUGCUGCACGCGAACAGUGUUCGCCGUCUUGCGCUAUCGGAGACGGGGACCAAGUCUAUCGACCGCUACUCACCCCUAAUAUUGGAUGUCCUCAGGGUGCCUCAUGCCACCGGCACCGGAGGCGAAAGCCGCAUGCUAUUCCCCGCCCUGCAGGUCCUCGCAUUCCCGUUGAGCCAGGAUCUGGCUGUACACCGAGAGUUUGUCAUUGGUUUAAUCGACCUCAUACAUGCUCGACAAGAUCACGGAGUGCCAUUACACGAGUUGAACGUGUCGAGGGAAGCCGGCCCUUGGGCCGUAUGGGAUAGUCUUCGGACGAAGCUGAAGGUUACGCUGAUCGAUUAUCCCAAGAUGGGAUCUCCGUUGAUGCCGGAAAGCAGUCGUGUAUAG